GGAUGCCCGGCUACGCCGCCUACUUCGGCCUGCUCGACGUGUGCGACCCCCGGCCGGGAGACGUGGUCGUCGUCAGCGGCGCCGGCGGGGCCGUGGGGUCGCUCGCCGGACAGAUCGCCCGCAUCCACGGCUGCACCGCCGUCGGGCUCGUCCGCUCCGACGAGAAGGUGAAGUGGCUGACGGAAGAGCUGGGCUUCGAGCACGCCUUCAACUACCACACGACGGACGUGGGCGCGGCGCUGCGGCGGGUGGCGCCCGGCGGGGUCGACGUCUACUACGACACGGUGGGCGGCGACCUGAGCUCCGCGGUGGCCGACUGCAUGCGCGAGCGGGGGCGCAUCGCCGUGUGUGGCUGCGUGUCCACGUACAGCGACCCGCGCCCGCCCAAGAUGCUGCUCAUCCCGCCCGCCGUCGUCCGCAAGCGGCUGCGCAUGGACGGCUUCAUGUUCACCCAGUGGCGCGACCGCUGGCCGGAGGCCGACGAGCGGAUGGCGCUCUGGAUCAGGCAGGGCCGGCUCAAGUGGCGAGAGACCAUCACCGACGGCUUCCUCAACACGCCGCGCGCGUUCGCCGCCAUGCUCAGGGGCGACGCCAUCGGCAAGGCUCUCGUCAAAGUCUGACCACAAACUCCAGCGUCGGACAGUGCUCGAAUGUACACGCGGCUGACUGACUGUGGACCUCUCACUUUUCCCACCGAGCAGAUUCCCGAAUGUGAAAGUGACUUGAGCGUAGACUAUCGCAGCCAUAGGCAUCUCGAUCUGAGAGAGUGGCGUCGUGCAUAAGGAAUGUACUCGAACAUGGGGGUACUGCAGGUGGCCUUCAAGGAGAAACUGCAAAGUGAUGAUCUAAUGCCAGUACACCGGUGUAUAUGAGGGGCGUUCGCUAACUAACGCAACACAUUUUUUUCUGAUAGUUGGCUUCAUUCAGGAUUCCAGUACACGAGGCCGGCCGGGGUGGCCGAGCGGUUCUAGGCGCUACAGUCCGGAACCGCGCGGCUGCUAUGGUCGCAGGUUCGAAUCCUGUCAUGGGCAUGGAUGUGUGUGAUGUCCUUAGGUUAGUUAGGUUUAAGUAGUUCUAAGUUCUAGCGAACUGAUGACCUCAGAAGUUAAGUCCCAUAGUGUUCAGAGCCAUCUGAACCAGUACACGAUAUUAUUCCCCACUCUUUUAAAAAGCACUCCGUCUUCAGGCCACGAGUGGCCUACCGGGACCAUCCGACCGCCGUGUCAUCCUCGGUGGAGGAUGCGGAUAGGAGGGGCGUUGCGUCAGCACACCGCUCUCCCGGUCGUAAGAUGGUAUUCUUGAGCAAAGCCGCUACUAUUCGGUCGAGUAGCUCCUCAAUUGGCAUCACGAGGCUGAGUGCACCCCGACAAAUGGCAACAGCGCAUGGCGGCUUGGAUGGUCACCCAUCGAAGUGCCGACCACGACCGAUAGCGCUUAACUUCGGUGAUCUCACGGGAACCGGUGUAUCCACUGCGGCAAGGCCGUUGCCAUUCUCCACUCUUUUGGCUACAGAAAUCUGUUUUUCAACACAAUCUCCGUUCAAUGCGACGGCCUACGGCACAUUACUCGGAGGGCAUGGUAUCACUCUACGUCGCAACCAAUAUCAUUCUGCAUCAACAUCCUCUUACAUCCAACUUACUGUUUCCUGUGGAGUGCAUCCUUCACUGGCCCAAACAGAUGGAAGUCAGAAGGUGCGAGAUCGUUUCGUAGUGAUGAGCCUACGUUCAUCACCUGUGACCGUGAUCCACAGAAAAUUGUCACGAUCAGUCUCGCAACGGGCAACCAAUUCCACACAAGUGCCCUUUAUGGUCCUCUGCUAGGUGGCGAGGAAACCAGCAGUCACACACAUAGGAGUAACCCCAAGUGGUGCACUAGUACGUUAGCACUACAAACAGAGACGUACAGUUGAGCAGCGAGGUGUUUCAUUGCGAUCCGUAGAUCACCUCGAAUGAGAGUGUCCGCACGUUUCAACAUUGCAGGAGUCGCAGCUGCGUGUGCCGCCAGCUGGCACGUGGGAGAUCAGACGAGUUUGCGCGGUCUUGUGUCGACGAUGACAGGUGCCUCGCCGAACGAAUCGCUGUGCUUUUGGUAACUGCCAGGUGUCCGUAGACAUUGCGCAAACACCUCUGAAUAUCUGCGAUGAUCUGGCUUUCCGCCAAGAGAAACUCACUGUCAGCUCUCUGCUUGCAAUGCAACUCCGUUAUAGACGCCGUUUUGAGGGCUACACAUAACACUGUGCCAGCCGGUGUGGCCGAGCGGUUCUAGGCGCUUCAGUCUGGAACCGCUCGAUCGCUACGGUCGCAGGUUCGAAUCCUGCCUCUGGCAUCGACGUGUGUAAUGUCCUUAGGUUGGUCAGGUUUAAGUAGUUCUAAGUUCUAGGGGACUGAUGACCUCAGAUGUUAAGUCCCAUAGUGCUCAGAGCCAUUUGAACCAUAACGCUGCCACAUGCUGGAACUUUACGAGACCGUAGGGGCUGCGACGGAAACAUUCCAUGAUGUCCCACAACAAAUUCCGCUUUUAUUCAGCGAAAAUUUGCCGACAAAAAAGUGUUGCAUUACUAACUAAACGCCCCUCAUAUAGUGAAGGAAGUGGAAAGUGUUACCUCAUGAAACACUAGUUCGAUAUUUAUUAAACAUUGCGAAGAUGGUCAUGAAAGAAUAGGUGUUAAAUGAUUAAAUUUUCAUUCAGUCAGGAAAUGAAUGCCAACACCAGUGUCAGUACGAGGUUCCAUCCCCAUGCUGAGGAAUACUCCCUCGUAAUUUUUAUGAUAUGGAAGCAAAAACGAGGAAUUUCUUGCCUAGCGUGAAACGCAUGCUGAUAAAGUAGAACCGUUGGCAAAGGAGAAUGGUGAUUUUACUGGACAUAAAUUUCAAGUCAUUUAUUGACAGACAGUCAGCAUAUUGUACAUCAUGGUAAAAACAAUUACACAAUUGUUGAUCAUAACUAAUGUUAACGUCCACUUGCAUUGCAUAAUAUUUGUUAUAAAAAAAUCUUUCGUCU